AUGGUGGGAGAUGUGAUUCCGCUCAAUGAUCUGUGGUGUGUCCUGCUUGGCAUAGAGAUAUAUUGGACAACUACCCAUGUAUCAUCUGAUGAGAAGCUCUAUUUAGCUAAGGCAUUGCGGCGUUACAGAAAAACACACGGAUCACUGUGCUUAGGUGGGUACUUUGUUGAUGCCAUCGUGGCCCGACUGAUGGAAGAGAAGGACGCUGGAUUGGGCAAAGACGUCGUUGGCGUGAAGAAAGCAUUAGACGGUGGCGGGCCAGCAAAAUGCGCUGGAUGGAAGCCAGAAGGGAUGAAGAAGAAAGCGAGAUUCUGGAGCAAUACGUUGCGAUUGCCAGAGAAGAAGCCAGAAAAACUCAAUGCUAUGACCCAUGCAUCUUUCAGGAAGAAAGUGGUGUACAUCGACCCCCAGUCACUCACCCACGAGGCCAAGAAUGCUAAGUGCAUUCUCUUCCAAGACCAGCACUUUGUGGCUUUGCGAUUCUUGGAUGGGCAAUGGGAAAUCAAUUUUGAACGGUAUACACAUACCUGGGAAAAAGCUGAUCUGUACCGUGGCCUUCAGCGUGGACAUCCCUACUGUCAAGAUGAGAAGGGCGUGUGGAUUAUCGAUGUGGAAGAGGUCGAUGCUGCCUAUUACAUUGCUUCCCAAGAAGAUGUGUGCCACAACAGCAGAGGAAAAGAUGAGUGCGGUGGCUCUAUCUCUAACCACUCUGGCAUGAAACGAAAGUGCGUCGAAGAGGAUGAAGAAGAAGCGCAAUUCCGCUCAACAAACAUUCGGCACAAUCGUCAACAGCCACGUGCGAAUUGGAUUGUUCAGAUGAGGGCAUAUGGUUGUUUCCUGUCCAUGAUUCACAACGGUCAGUCACAACAGUUAGAGCUUGCCCUGAUGGCGUACUACAGUCCAGAAAUUGAGAGGAACUUUGGACUGCUAGAGCUGGUUUCAACUCAAAAGGCUUCUGUCAGCAGACGUGACAGGCUGAAGAGGUUGAUGGCUGCUUGGAUGUGCUUGCACGUGCUGUCUGUACCAGUCCCAGGAAGAGAGAGCGGCAUGCCUGCAAUUGGUUGCGCUGAUGACUCAGUAGACGUGGCCAGCCAGCGAAGCGGUCCACGCACUGCUGCGAAAUCGAAAGCAGGUCCAAGCCAGAGAGUAGAAGACAGUGCCAUGAGAAUUGUCAAGGAAGAGGACAAAGAAGCUGACGACAUUCCUCUAGAAGAUGCUACUUUUGAGAGGCUGAAGCAAAGACGUCACAUGAGGGGAGCCAACACGUCAGAUGUAGAUUUCGCGCACCUGUUCAACUCCUUGGCAAAAAUGAACGACUGCUUCCAGCAAGAACCUGCAGAGGAGAUCGAUACGUCAGACACCAUCUUGCACAAGGAGAAUCAAUUCUUGGCUGCGUGCGUGAAUGCUUGCUUAACUUUUGAAGGGCAGCAGCGCAAAGAAAAGAAUAGAGAAGAACAUGCAGAUGAAGAGCAAGAGGGUCCGGGGCAACAAGGUCCACAAGGACCAUGGAAUGCAGCCACUGCGAAAACCAUCAUGGCAGUGAAAAAGCAGUUGUCAUAUGAGCUGUGCCAAGAUAAGCUCCUACAUUUUAUGUCGGAAUGGUGUGACACACCCAAGGAAGUGGAAGCUUCGUGUUGCUACGAAGACUGCGCGGUGAAAUACGAUGAUGAGCUCCUACCUGCUCGACAAAUUCAGCGUGAGCAGCUUGUAAACUGCUAUUUGAGAAUCCCUCAUUCCAUCAAGCAAACAGUGCCUGCCGACAUUGUGGAAAGGUUCUCGCAGAAAAAGCCUGAAGUCAAGACAGAAAAUUCUGAAGAUCACAUUCUCAUCCGCAAGGUGAACUACCAAUACCCUGGCCCUUGCACUAUCCGAACUCGCAAACAAGUGGUAGGAAACUUCCUCUUACAUUCCGAAAAUGGUGGCAGCCCACAUUGCGUUGCUGUGAAGCAGGACGAGGAAGACAAGCUGAUUGUUUUUGACACAGAUGGUGUCUUCCACUUAGCAGUAGCUGACUUCGAGACAGCGUUGUUAGGUGGUGUGGAUGCUGCCACGUGUGUUAUUUUCAAACUUCAGGACGGCAAAAAGGAUACAGAUGUGGGUAUGUCCGAUUUUGAGAACCUCCUGGACUUAGCAGCAGGGAGUUCUGAAUCAAAUGAAGAAUGCACUACAGACGAUGCUCAGGACACAGCAUUACUGCCAGAGGUGUCCGAAAAGAAGGGAAGCUUUUAUUGGCUAGAUGACACUGGACGUGUGAUCACCGACCAGGUGUUGUUGAGUGAUUUGCAAACGGAGGCGCAAAAGUUUAUGGAAGCUGCCAAGGCUGGACAAUUCCGAGCCGAACGCGGUGCUUUUCAAUGCCCUGCGUGCCCCUUCCGGAAGUUCGACCGCUGCAAGCGUCUGGCUGUCCAUCUUUCUCGGUAUCAUACAGCAAAGCGUCAGUUCUGUUGUUCCGGCACAAAGCAGAUCAAAAUCAUUCUUGCUCUCCAUGACUCAGACAUGAUUGCUGAAAAAAGGCAAGGGAACUACCUGAAGCGAAGCGCCACGCUGCUAAGAAGAUCUAUCAAGCCAAUGCUUUCGCCGCAGAACAACGCCGUCGACAAGGAAAUUCGGUUUCUAUUGGAUGCGUCAGGUCCAAGGGUAGUGCAUCGGCAAGCGCUUCGCAGCGCGCGUCGAGUUGGCAAUAUGUACUACACACAUUCCUUCGCUGAGCGGAUCUUCCAAGAAAUGCUCUUGAACCAUGCCAAGGCGCGGGGAGAUGAAAAAGGUUCAAUGGUCGCACAGCAUGUGCUAUGA